CAACGCUAAAAGGGUUUGCUUUCUUCGGUUUUUGAAAAACAAAUGGAGUCUGAUCCCUGCUCCGCCGCCGACUGCUGCCCAGGCGCAGACCUGGGCUCACUUCACAGCCUGCUGCUGAGUGUCACACCGCAGUCCUGCUCAGUCCGCGGGGCUUCGGCCCCUUGCCGAAGUCUGCGGAUGGACGAACGCGGGGCACAGGCUUUCCCUGGGCGGAUUAACGCUGGCUUGAGCUAAAGACCCGAAUCUUCCACCUUGUGCCUCCAGUUUAUCUGCCCCGCACCCACCUCCAGCAAAGGACAUGCCCCUGUGAUGGUGUCCCGGCUCCCAGCCUGAGGCAGGAGGAGGGCGCCUCCCUAUCCCUCCUCCGCAUCCCCGCCAAGGCUUGGGGUUUUACUGCAGCAGCCCGAGGUGACAGCGACGCCUUUAGCCUCCUCGGUUGCUCUCAGAGCCCUGGCUUCCCCCGCAUCCGCAAAGUGCCCCCUCCUGAGAGGCUGAUCCCCGGGAGAAGUAUUCACGAGCCACAGAAAACCAAAUUAAAAAAUGUAGAAGUCGCUGGGCUGCUUUCCUCCGAGGAUGAGCCUCGUCUCCCAGGACUGAGUGGCAGCGUGUGGGAAGUUGGGACCGGGGAGCCAAGGGGAAGGGGAGUGGUGCAACCAGCAUUGUCUUCUGGAAGGAGUCUCUGGGAGCAGUGCGGUUGGACACAAGUUUGCGUGGGAGUGUUUUCCUUUUGUCAAUAAUUAAUCACCAGAAUCAGUCUGGCACCACUGGAGUUUUGGCAACAGUGCAAACCGCGGGGCCGAACACCCAACUGUGGGAAGCUCUUAGGCGCCCAGCGCAGUGGGAAACUCGCAACACUGGAGAGGAGCCAGGCACCGGUGCUCACUCAGACUGCAGGGAGACACGACCAACCCGGAGAUGAAGAAACAGCACCGCAGAGAGAAGUAACCCAUACAAGACCAUUCCGUGGAGGAGCAAGGACAAGAAGCCAAACCUGGACCCUCCUAGGCAGACUUUCCGCAGCUUGAAGAAGCCAACCAUGGAUUUCAGGCGUGUGAAGGACUAUUUCUCCUGGCUCUACUAUCAAUAUCAGAUCAUUAGCUGCUGUGCCGUCUUGGAGCCCUGGGAGCAAUCCAUGUUCAACACCAUCUUACUGACCAUUUUUGCUAUGGUGGUGUAUACGGCCUAUGUUUUUAUCCCAAUCCACAUCCGCCUGGCUUGGGAAUUUUUCUCCAAAAUGUGUGGCUAUCAUAGUACAAUUUCUAAUUGAUCUUCUCUGCAUUCUAUAAAUUGGCACCACAUGUGUGUGUUGCUCUGUUUAUUGUUCGAGGCACACACUGUGUCUUUUUUCACUAUCUGACCUAAAAAGGCCUCUCUUCUCUAUGCACUCCGAUAUCCUGCCUGACAUUUGAGAUAGAUGUCUCUUUAGGUUCUUGUGUAUGUGUUACAUUGUGCAGAAGUACUACAAAUGACCUUAACUCACAUACCAUAGUUUCUCAACUUACAUCUAUGACUUUAAAGUUUUUUUGUUAAUCAGGAAAUUUCAUAUAAAAUUUUUCUGGAAAGUAGGCUCAUAAGACCCUUACCAGAAUCAUGUUUAAAAUGUUCCCUUGAUACCAAUUCUAUACUGAAGGAUAUAUUUUUAAAAAUUUAUUUCAUAGGCUACUGUCAAAAGGACCAUAUCCUUGUUUAUAACAUACAGAGGGUGCCCCAAAAAAAUGUAUUCACAUUUUAAGAAAGGAAAAAACUGUCUUAAAACUGUAAUACUCAAUAUAUACCAAUAACAAAAGGUGAAUACAAGUCACGUAUAUACAUUUUUUUUGGCACCCGAGGUAUAAAAAGAUGUAGAUAAAUUGUAUGUCCCUCCCCCUAAAGUCUUAUUUUCUAGUAAACUGCUGAUACCUAAAAUUCUUUACUUCAAGUGCAAAAGAAUAGGCUGGAGGUAAUUAUCUCCUUUCAGACAUGGUUUGUGAAUUGUUUCAAAUGCCUCUACAAGUCUGGCUUUAUAACCAUUUAAAAUCAACAAUGUUGAUUUUAGAUAACCCAGUAAGUAUUAUAAUACAAAUUAAUUUUAAGUAUAAGAAACAAAAUAUAAUCAAAGUAAAUUCAGAUAUUGUGACUCGUGAUGUU